AUGAGUAAUGCAAUGAGACGAUUUAAUCCAGCUUGGUUUGAGAAAUAUGAAGGGUUUUGUAACUGGAAUAAGCCUGACAGGUUAGACACUCAUAUGGGUAAAUCAUCCAACAGUUCUCACUGUAGUGCUGCUGAGAAAUGUGAUAACUUGAUGAAGCAAGGUCAGUCUAUCGUGCAUGCCUUGUUUAAGCAAGACGAUGUGGUGAAGAAAGAGUACCACAUUCGUUUAAAUGCUUCAAUUGGUGUUUCCAGAUAUUUGUUGCGACAAGGAUUGUCUUUUCAUGGUCAUGAUGAGUCAGAAGAAUCUGCCAAUAGAGGAAAUUUCUUGCAACUCGUGAAAUACACAGGAGAACAAAAUGAUGCUAUAAAACAAAUGGCUGUUGUAUUCCGAUUUGUUGAUAAGAGCGGAGCAGUGAAAGAAAGGUUUAUUGGAGUUGUUCAUGUAAAAGAAACGUCAUCUGCAUCUUUAAAGUCUGCUAUUGAUAAUUUGUUUGCUAAAUACAGGUUGAGCUUAAAAAGGCUACGAGGGCAAGGCUAUGAUGGAGCAAGCAACAUGAAGGGGGAAUAUAAUGGCUUGAGAGCAUUGGUUGUUAGAGAAAACAAUGCUGCUUAUUAUGUUCAUUGUUUUGCUCAUCAACUUCAGUUGGUGGUGGUGGCAAUCGCAAAAAAACACUUUGAGGUUGGUGAUUUUUUCGAUAUGAUUUCUACAUUAGUGAAUGUAGUUGGAGCUUCUUGCAAAAGGCAAGAUAUGAUUAGAGAAAACUAUCAAAGAAAAGUGCAGGAAGGAAUUAGUAGAGGUGAGAUUAACACUGGUACAAGAUUGAAUCAAGAAAUUUUGCUUCAAAGACCUGGAAAUACUCGUUGGGGUUCUCAUCAGAAAACAUUGGAAGGGUUAGUUGAGUUGUUUUCUACUAUCAUUGAGGUUCUUGAGUAUAUCCAAAAUGAGAAGAAGAAUGUAGUUUGA